ACUUGUAUUUACUAUUUUAGUUCGUCAGAUGAGUCGGUGAAGUGUCCAUUCAGUUUUUACCCUUGUACGAGACGACUCACGCAUAUUUUCGUUUUUUCGAUAUUUGUUAGUCUAGUCUAGCUUAUGUGAUUUUCUUUCUUUUUUCUUUUGUAGGCAGUCGAGUCUUUAUUUUAAAACGCAUUUUCAGCAGAAACAUUUCAUCACAAGGUACCUAAGUCAUUGUCAGACCGACAGCGUUUAUCAGAAAUAUUGGCUUGCUCCUACAGGUGACUCCCAAGAAUUUCAUCACCACUCGUUUGUUUGGGGUUUGAUACACUUCCACCGGUCGUCCCACUCAUCUCCCAUCUUACCACGGAUUUUUUGUUUUCUGCAAGCCAAAAAGGAUUUAUCGCGUCCCAACCAAGAUAACAGUACCAUCUUAGUUUCUGCAAUUUUUUACCCAGGACCUUGCAAUGAUCAACGUUAUUGACAACAUGGAGGCCCAGACGGUGCAGCCCGCGAUGCAGAAUGGUGGACUUAUGAAGCCAAACGUUGUUGGGGUCGGGGGUGAUGAGGACAGCAAGACCAACCUCAUUGUAAACUAUCUACCACAAAACAUGGCCCAGGAUGAGAUGAAGUCACUCUUUGGAAAGUUUGGAGAGAUUGAAUCCUGCAAACUGGUCAGAGAUAAGCUAACAGGCCAAUCUCUGGGGUACGGGUUUGUGAAUUAUCUCAAACCCGCAGAUGCCCUGAAAGCCGUCAAGACAUUAAAUGGAUUGCGUCUUCAAUGUAAGACGAUUAAGGUGUCAUUUGCCCGCCCAUCUAGCCAGGCCAUCAAGGAUGCUAACCUUUACAUCAGUGGGAUUCCAAAGCACUACGGACAGUUGGACUUGGACAAUCUCUUCAACGCAUUCGGUCGUAUUAUCUGUUCUAGACUUCUCCUCGACCACGAAUGCGGUGAGUCCGGACGCCCUCGCGGGGUUGGAUUUGUACGAUACGACAGACGAUGCGAGGCGGAGAAGGCCAUCGAAGGGCUCAAUGGCAACAUCCCUCAUGGAGGAAAGGACCCUCUCAUUGUCAAAUUUGCCAACAACCCUGGUCAGCAUUACCAGAAAUGCUUGCAGCAGAUGUACCAGCAGAUGCCCAUCAUCUCCCCCACCCUAUCCCCAAGGCGCGUUGGAGGACCCGUCUCUGCUGGCGGCUCUCAGAACUUCAUCGGACCCAUGCGACACAUGGCUCACUGCUUUCGGUGGCAACAAAUGGGUUCAAAGAUGCAGGGCUUGAUUGGCAAACUCUUGCCAAAGAAUUUCAUGUUCAAUCCCAUGACGAGCUCAGAUGUGAUAUCUCACAUGAACCUUCAAGCCAUGACCAACAACGGACAGGGGUGGUGCAUCUUUGUGUACAACCUGCCCGCGGACUGCGAGGACGGUCUUCUGUGGCAGCUGUUUGGACCCUACGGAGCCGUCACUAACGUCAAGGUGGUUCGAGACCAGCCCAACCAGCGAUGCAAGGGAUAUGGAUUUGUGAACAUGCUCAACUAUGACGAGGCUCUCAGCGCCAUCAACACGCUCAAUGGAUACCAGCUGAAUGGAAAACGCACGCUGCAAGUGAGCUUCAAGAGCAGCAAACAAAAAUCAUAAACUUUUUAUAAAAGAUGGCGACCGCCCGCCGACGGGAGAGGGGGAGGAUUGCGGAGAGGCGUCUGGUGUUAUUGUUUUAUUGAAGAGCCUAAAAGAACUAAAGGCAUAUAACAUCUUUGCAAGGACACAUCAGUUUUUAUUGGAGAACAAGCUGCAAGAUAUAGAGUUUUUUCCCUUUUUUUUUCCUUCUUUUUAAAAUCCUGCAAAGGAUAUAUGUGACGAAAUGGUGGUAAGAGUUGAGUUGUAAACUCUGAUUUCACUGUAUGAAUUGCUUUUAUGUACCAGUAUUUCAUAAUAGAUUUUUUGAUGAAUCUCAGAGGAGUUCAAAUUUACAUAGUUUGCAUCACAGUUGUUUCUAGAUUAGCAAAUGUAUCUUCUAGACCAUUUAUUGAUGUUUUAUUCUUUUAAAUCAUUAUUGGUGUUUGCAUGUUUUUAAACACAUCAAAUUGUUGCGUUUAUUACAAACAAAAGUAGAAUUUAUAGCUUGUUAGUAAGUCUAUUUAAAGACAAUUAUUCAAAAUUUGAUAUUAUUACUUUUUGAUUUAAGAUAAGAAGGAUGAAUUAUAAUUCAUUUGUAGUGUAAGUUGGUUUUAAGUGCAAGGUGAAAUAUUUUGUAACCUUGAGAAUUUUAACAUUGAUUUAAAUUUCUUUGUGAAUUUUGUGAAUUUUGUUGCAUAUGUAUUGUUUUCUUUUUUUCUUUCUCUCUCAGAAAAUCAUUCCAUAUAUGAAAUUAGCAGAGGCAGGGUAUGCCGAAAUAUGCUUCAAUUAUUGAAUAGAAAAUAUUAUGUCUAUUAAUAUAUUGACAUUAACUUUGUGCAAUGAGAUGCAUUGCUAGAAACAAACUAUUUGAUUGUAAAAUAAUGAUGAAGAGUGAUAGAGAGAACGAGGGAUUGUAUAGAGAUAUAACAUUUGCUAUAUGAUAGCCAAUUGAGCAGUGGAAAUUUCAUAGAUUCUUAUCGUGCUGACAAAAAAAAAACACAACUCUUCCUUUUCUUCCUUCACAACUAGAUACAAAGAAUUUUUCAAAAUUUACAAUAUUCAAUUGAGCUUUCAAUUGUUCUGGAUAUGGACUCUUCACUAAUUUGUAUAUUUAUGGUCCCAACAAAAUAAAAAAUGUGAAUGUAAAUAGAUUAUAAUCCAACUUUACAGUUGUGUGUGACUAUUGUGAACUUAAUAGUAAAUGUUCAUCGGGAUACGUUAAAGACUUUGCUAUGAAUGGGGGCAACGUUUUACUUUUUAGUUUUCCUAAUUUUUUGAUAUUUUCAUUUAAAGAUCUAAAUGAAUUGGCUAGCAGGAAAAAAAAAAAGAAUAUUGAACAAAAACGAAAGGCUGAUUUUGGAUGUAGUUACAGAAAGGAUUAAUUUUGACAAUUUUUGACAUUUGUGUUUGAUAUGUUUUGUGAUGUUUGUGUUUCCACGAGCUGUGUUUAGAAGUUUACUGUUGCAAUAUGUAGUAAACGGGUGCUACAAUAUGGAAACAAGUUACUGGUAGUACAUCUUUUGUUUUUAUUUAAAGAAAAAUGCAAAUUUGUGGUGCAGUAUCUUUCAAUGUUGCUUUCUUCAAAACAGCAAAAGAAAUAUGUACAUUGUUGUAAGCAAAUUAGAAUACAAAAAAUGUUACUUUUAGAAAAGCUAGUAUUUGUAGCACCUAGAAAGGAUUUUCUUUGUCAGGCAAAGUGCUGUAAAGGGAGAUUGAUUUAUGCAAAGAAGUGCACAUUAUUUCAAGUUUAGUGUCUCCAUUUGUUUUAAGUUCCAGUUAAAUACACACCAGUUUUAAAAGAAAGAAGAAUUUAAGUUGGAUUUCAUAACAUGCAGCAGUUGAAGUAAACUUGUGUAAAAGUAUAUGUGAUCAUUCAUACUCCGAAAUGCCUGCAGAUUUGUCAAAGAGUGUUCUGUGAAUUCUGACAUCCACUUUCCAAAGGUGCAUUUUUUAUAAGGCUUACUAAGAGAAGACUGGCGAGUUCUUUGACUGCCAUUGUGGUUUGUAAACGUGUACAAUACAAUUAGGAAAACUGGUGUCCGUCUUGCCAGGUUUUUAAAAGAUGCAAGACUUUGUUGUUAAGUUCAUUUCUACAUAUGCCCACUAUGCAACAUACCAAGCACCAAUCUGCUGCUACUGACUCAUUCAAGUCUCCCCAGUUUUUCUUCUUGUUGAAGGUCACUUUCUAUGACCAACAGAGACCAAUGCCUUGACAUUUCAUUGUACAGAGAAAAGGACAAAGAUGUAUGAAAUCUUGUAUAAAUAACUUAGAAAACCAUCUAUUGAACAAUUUUUCUAAGAAAAUAAUAAAGAGACCGAGAUGGUACUUAAACUAAGAAAACCUAUUCCCUGAAAUGCAGCUUUUUGAGAGCUUUUGAUCUACUAACUAUUUGUAUGUGAAGUAUUUUGUACAAAAGAUUUGUACAUAAGAUAUUAAGAAAAAGAUAAACAUUGGUUUCUACUACUUUUACCGCUAAAUUGAAGUUCAAAGUUAGUGUAGAUUUAACAAUGGAAAGAUACCAGGUGAUGAUCCACUGUAGUCAUUCAGGGGGAGUAUACUAGCUUACAUGCAUGUGUAGCUUCCAUUUAAACAGAAGGUUAUAAAUCUUCUUUAUAGACCUCUUUAAAACUCCCCUGAAUCUUUAAGUUUAACAUUUUAAAAGUUAUUUCAAAGAAAGGUUGCACUAGGUCAAAUAGAAUGGUAUACAGACAUAGCAGAAUAUGUUGCCAUAUGACACAAAUUUCCUUGUUUUUAUCAUUCUUUCUGUAAAAGUUUGUGUAAGAAGUGGAAAGAUUUUACUACCACAUAGGCACUGCAACCUUUUUUUAAUUGAGUUUUUAUGGCUCUGAAAGUCUGCUGUUAUCACAAAAAGGUGUGUUUUAGCUGGAGCAGCAGAAGUUUGCAAAAAAGUCCACAAAGCAUGAGGACGAUCGAUCGAAGGAUGGGAUAUCUGCAAAAAAAUCAAAAACAGAAAAAAAAGUACCAAGAUCGGAAGAGCAAAUUUUCAUUUUUGGUUUCUUUCUAGAACUUGUUUGGUUGAGUAUGGUAUGUUGAGAGUUCCAACAAUGAGUACAUGUUUAUUGUCUGAAAGACAAAGGUUUUGAUAAAAAGAGAAAAGGAAAGUAACUUAUAUACGCUACAUUCAUCGCUUGUUUGUGUAGCUAAAAUUUUACAUGUUGAAUAUUAAAAUAAACAUUAAAAAAAUAAA